AAUAUAGAACUUUUUUACUUAAUUAUUUUGUAAAUCAGAAAGCAACACAUCAUUUCUUGUAUUGUUGUCUUUGAUGCAACAAAAACUAUUUUUGUCUUCAACUCUAAGCAGAUAUCAAUAAUGUAGAAAAAGACUAUAUAGUUCUUGAAAUGAACAUAUAUUUAGGCAGUAGCUAUUUCACUGUUUUCAUCUCAUACUAACUUUUUUUUUAAUAAUGGAUCAGCUAUCACGCACUUAUAUCACAUCCCACCAGCAACAACUAACAUUGUGGUCGCUUUGAUUUGAACCUGACACCUCAUAUUCUCAACCCACGUCAUUGACCGGUAGGUCACGUCGUUGGGUGCCUCAUAUAGUAUUUUUAUUUGUUUUUUUAUUGUAUUUUACAUAUUGGGGUGAUCAGUUGUUUGAAAUUGGGAAUGAGGGGUUUAUAUGAAUUGCCUUAGAUCCAGGGUACUGAAGUGUUAAUGAGAAAAAGGUACCUGCUUGGUUGCUUUUUCAGUUAUUUCUUGUGAUUCUUGAAACUUAGCUUUGCUUUCUACAGGUUAAUUCACAUGACCCUUUUCUUGUUGCCACUUUUUCUUGUGUAAAGUUUGGAUUUUUGUCUCAUUUACCUAUUUGGGGUUUUAGUAAUUGAGUGGAUGUAAGGAUCUUUUGUGGCUAUUGUUGCUCUUGGGUAGAUAAGGAAGAGGCCAAAGAAGAAAAGUUGAAAUCUUUGAAGAAAAAGUUGAAAACUUUUGAAGGAAAAAGAAAAGGUUCUUGCUGUUGUGGCUAUGGUUAUGUUAUAGCUAUAGUUGCUGGUAAGUAUACAGGGAAGAGGGCAAAGAAGGAAAAAGUUGAAAUUUUUUGAAGGAAAAAAGGGUUCUUGCUGUUGUGGCUAGUGUUAUGUUCUAGCUAUAGUUGCUGGUGGGUAGAUAAGGAAGAAGGCAAAGAAGAAAAAAGUUGAGAGUUUUGAAGGAAAGGGUUCUUGUUGUUUCUUUUUGUUAAACAGAUCUGAUUAGCAAUUUUUUUUAAGUAUAUUGAUUAAUGGGGCGUGGCGAAAUGUAAAAGAAUGUGCUUUUACUAGUUGAUUCUUCCCUAGGCAUGGAAAAUGGUCUGUUGAAGUUCAUGAUAAGACUAUUACUGAUUCUAAAGAGAGGUAUUGAAUUAGCUUAACAAUGAAAGGCACUGUAGUUUUAGAGUGGUUGAUGGUUAGCUUUUACUGCGUUCAGUAUGGUCGUUUUGAUGGAGGAGAUGUAUACAGUUGCAGUUCCAUUUAUAUUUGGUAGUUUGAUCUGUCACAAACCAAGCAUAGGAAGUCGUAUGGAUGUAACUAGGAUAAAGUCGAUGGAUGAUGCCACGAGCUUGUUUUCUGAUUCUGCGGGUAGAACAUUGGCAGAAUCUGUUUCUGGUGGCAAUGAUGAUUGCAGCUCUGUUGAUUCAGAGAGCGACCUUAGUAUUGCAGUAUCAUCUGUGCCUGAAGAGAGUAGAAGUGAAGGGACUAUGUCGCUUGAUGUGAUAUCUGAAAAUGAAAGCAACUGGAUUGCUGGUGAUGCUGUUGUCAGGGAAAGCGAGGAUGAUGAUGAUUCAUCCUCACUAGAGGGUGAUCAGAUUCCUGAUAGUUCAUGUUCGCUGUCAGUGGUGAGCGAUUGUAGUAGUUUAUGCGCUGAUGAUUUUAUAGGCUUUGAGAUAGUUUCUGACGUAGAAAGUCAGGAUUUAGUUGAUUCUCGGAAAAUCAUCAGUCCAGUUGAGCUUAUUGCUAAGACGGGGGUUUUGGUUGAGUCAGAUGUUGAGGAUACUGUGACUAGACCCGUGGCAGUUCCGGACAGACUUGAGGAGCAGCAGUUCACUGAUGGGCAUAGCUCAAAUCCAUCUGCAGUUGUACUUCAGCUACCCCUAGAUAAUGGUGUGAGUGCAACAGUCAGCCGCAGUGUUUUUGACGUGGACUACAUACCCCUGUGGGGAUAUACAUCUAUCUGCGGAAGGAGACCAGAAAUGGAAGAUGCGUUCGCAACUGUUCCUAGAUUCAUGAAAAUUCCUCUUCAGAUGUUAAUUGGUGAUCGCGUGCUUGAUGGACUGUCUAGACGCUUGAGUCAUUUGACGACUCAUUUCUUUGGAGUUUAUGAUGGCCAUGGUGGUUCUCAGGUGGCAAAUUACUGUCGAGACCGGAUUCAUGCUGUAUUGCCUGAGGAGUUGGAAUCUUUUAUGAUGAAUCUCAAUGACGAAAGUAUAAGGCAGAAUUGCCAGGAGCUUUGGAAUAGAGCAUUUACGAAUUGUUUUCUUAAAGUUGAUGCUGAGAUUGGAGGGGACGCUAGUCAUGAGCCUGUUGCCCCAGAAACUGUCGGCUCCACAGCUGUUGUUGCCAUUGUUUGUUCAUCUCACAUUAUAGUGGCAAACUGUGGUGAUUCAAGGGCUGUUCUGUGUCGUGGGAAGGAACCCAUGCCAUUGUCAGUGGAUCACAAACCAAACCGAGAAGAUGAAUAUAAAAGGAUUGAAGCAGCUGGAGGUAAGGUGAUUCAGUGGAAUGGCCAUCGUGUUUUCGGCGUUCUUGCAAUGUCCAGGUCUAUCGGAGACAAAUAUUUGAAGCCUUGGAUAAUUCCUGAUCCAGAAGUAACGUUCAUACCUCGAACCAAAGAUGAUGAAUGCCUUAUUCUUGCGAGUGACGGUUUAUGGGAUGUCAUGACAAAUGAAGAAGUUUGUGAAAUGGCUCGUAAACGCAUAUAUAUGUGGCAUAAGAAGUACGGUGCAACGCUCCCCGUGGAAAGGGGUGAAGAUAUUGAUCCAGCAGCACAGGCAGCAGCCGAAUGCUUGUCGAAUCGAGCUCUUCAGAAGGGCAGCAAGGACAACAUAACAGUGAUUGUGGUGGACUUGAAAGCUCAAAGAAAGUUCAAAAGCAAAACAUCAACAUAGCUGGCCUCAUAAUCUGCUGUUUAAUACAUAUAUUUGCAUGUAUAAACCAAAUAUGUGGCUCUAAAUGUAGUCAAGCCCUUGCAUUUUUUUACCUGGAGAAAUCUGGGAUAGUGGCUUUUAUUGGAGUAGGUUUCUGUAUGUUAAGUUGUUCAGACUCCCCCAAAAUGUUGCCGCACCCGUCGGAUCUUUCACAAAUACGCUAUUUUUGGAGGAUCCGGCAUGCACCCGUUGACAUUUUUGAAGAGUUCGAGCAACAUAAGUCUGUAUGUAUUUUAGCAUAUGCUCCAUUCUGUAUGUAAUUUUAUUCAGUUAGCUAUUUGAAGUAGCAACAACUACAUUAUAAUCAAAUGUAAUAUGGUCAUUAUGCCUCAAUACUUAAAAGGCUUUAUGAGGUAUUUUAACCUACUGUUUGACAUUGUAGAUCCAUAAUAAGCAAUUCAGAGUAGUGUUCUCUUUCAAA